ACUAGUUUACAGUUGCACUGGGGUCAGACAGAUAAAACACAGCUGAGUCGAUGCAAGAUAGUAUAUGGUUUGAGAAAUGUGUUGUACUCCAAGUGGUCCUGUUAUCCCAACUGUUACACUGAGAAGAUCGAACAACUGCUCGUAUUUUUGCAGUUUUUCAAUCUUCUCAUCCUUGUAUUGAGGUAGGYUUUUCCUAUUCACAUCUCGCGUUGGCUCAGUCUUGUUUUAAUCURAACAGGAAGUCUGUCUGACCCCAGUGCAGUUGUAAGCAAGCGUAGGAUCGGAAUCUAUUCUGUCAAGUGUCAACCCUUCCUGCCCUCAUUUCUGACUAAAUACUCAGCUAGCUAGUCGGCUAGCUUGACUUCACGUCCAUCUGCGUUGGUUUUACACCCGAAGGUGUUUUAUCGUUGGGUUCGUUACUGAUCGGGCGCCGGGAUGGCGUUUUUGGAGAAGCAGUCCCCGGGAAGGGUGCUAUUGGAUGAUACGGUGGCCCUUACAGCACUGAUCGAGGCCAGCCAAAAUCUACAAUCUCACACGGAAUACAUAAUCCGAGUACAGAGGGGUGUGUGUACAGAAAACAGUUGGCAGGUCAUAAAGCGAUACAGCGACUUUGAUAUGCUGAAUAGCAGUUUGUUGGUCUCUGGCGUCAGCCUGCCUCUACCACCUAAGAAGUUGCUAGGUAACAUGGACAGAGAGUUCAUAGCAGAGAGACAGAGAGGACUACAGGUCUACCUAGACUUUAUUACCCAGCAUCACAUCCUAGCCACCUGCCAACUGGUCAAGAAGUUCCUCGACACCAACAACUACUCUGCCAACUACACAGAAAUUGCCUUACAGCAGGUGUCCAUGUUCUUCAGGUCGGAUCCUAAGUGGGAGGUGGUGGAGCCUUUGAAAGACAUUGGGUGGAGGAUACGGAAGAAAUAUUUCUUAAUCAAAAACAAAGAACAACCCAAGGAACGUCAAGUGUUGAGUUGGGUUGACUUUGGUCCAGAUAAAUUCCUGUCAGACAAAGAUCUUCAGUCGACCAUGAAGCUCCUACCCAGCCUCACUAAUCCGUACAUCUACCCGGUGACGUUUGCCAACACCAGUGAGUUGUCAGCUCUGGUCAUCAGGAUGUUUAACGAAAAAGGAACUCUGCGGGAUCUCAUAUGUAAGGUAAGGUUAAAGGUUGAUCUGACCAUCGUCCUGCUCUCAGUUGAUCGACCACGGUCCUGCUCUCAGGUUGAUCUGACCAUGUCCUGCUCUCAGGUUAAUCUGACCACGGUCCUGCUCUCAGGUGAUCUGACCAUGGCCCCUGCUCUCAGGUUGAUUCUGACAUGGUCGCUCUCAGGUCAACUGUACCAGGGCAGGCCCAGCAGGCCGCGUACCAGGGCAGGCCCGUUACCAGGGCAGGCCCAGCCAGGCCCGUACCAGGCGGCAGGGCCCCGUACCAGGGCAGGCCAGGCAAGGCCCCGUACUCACAGGCAGCAGGGCCCGUACCAGGGCAGCCCCAGCAGACUGCACCAGGGCAGGCCCAGCAGACUGUACCAGGGCAGGACCCAACAGACUGUACCAGGGCAGGCCCAGCAGACCCGUACUAGGCAGGCCCAGCAGGCCCGUACCAGGGCCUGCUGGCCUUGGCCCUGGUACGGGCUGCCCUGGUACGGGCCUGCGUGGGGCCUGCCCUCUGGUACGGGCCUGCCCUGGUACGGGCCGCUGGGCCUGCCCUGGUACGCGGCCCUGGACGCUGCUGGGCUGCCCUGGUACAGUUGCUAUAGCGGGAUUUACCCUGCUGUGACUUACACCUCAGUAGUGUCUGUGCUGCAAUCCAUCCUGUCCACAGAUGCCUGUAAGACUGGGAUGCCCACUGUUGCACAACUGCUGCAGACACCGCUGUUCAGCGACGUGCUGCUGUUUCACUCAGAGAAACUCCAGUUCAAGAUCCCCAACAAAUUAAGAGACGCCUUGAAAACUGCCAAAGAGUGCAUGGAAAAGCGACUCCAAGAAGAGCAGAAAACGAACCAGCAGCACAGGAGGCUGACCAGAGCUCAGUCCCACCACGGCUCAGAGGAGGAGAAGAGGAGGAGGAAGAUACUGGCUAGAAAGAAGUCCAGACAGUCGGCCUAUGAGAACGAGGAGGAUCAUUCUGUGAAGUACAACAACAACUCUGGUUCAGGAGCCAGCUCCCCACCGACCUCUCCCUCCUCCCCCACCCCUCCUCACACUACAGGUAGGUACCAACUAUAUUAACAUGAAGAUAUGCAGCUUUUAGUAACUAAUCAGCCUGUUAUGUUAAACAGUGUUUUCCAGUAGCGCCGGCUGGCGGCUAAUCAGCCUGUUACGCACUCAUUUUCAGCCGGAUAUUUUCCACUUCAUAUUAACUAGGCUACUUUUCAUUUAAAGGUUUUCUAUUUACUUGUCCGUCGAGCCUUCUCCCACUAGAAUGAACGAUAUGCGUCUUCUAGCGAUUUGAUAGGACAAGGCGCCUGUCAGUCACAAAGCCAUGACAGGGAAACGCAACAGAGAGGAAGAGGCAAAGCGAGAGGUUUCACUCUCACCAAAAUCUGUCCGAUGCGUUUCUAGGAGCUUAUUGUAGGCUAUUUACUGGGUUUUAAUUGACAACUGAACAGCAAGUGUUGACUGGUUUUAUAAAAGGUGUUGAAGUUACUGACUAAAGUCGAUCUACUAUAAAUCCGUUUUGCCAUUCAUAAAUCAUUCCAACGUGAAUCAUACAGUGCCUUCAGAAAGUAUUCACACUCCUUGACAUUUUCCUUUAUUUUUUGUUGUUACAAAUGGUUGAC